AAUUCAGGGUCCUGAUCCUGUUCACACGGAAACCAGAGCUAAUGACCGAUGUUUGUUAUGCUACAAAUAGCAGGUAAACUAAUUCAGUUUACUUUGACUUCGCCUUUUAAUGAGAAGUUUUAGAAUAAGAUUUGAGGUCAAUUUUAUAUUUCACUCAUACUACGACUGCUUUUUGUCACCUAACGCUUUGAAAGCAUGUAUAUUUGUAAGUGUCAGUACGUAAGCUCGGCUAACCGCGCUAGCUGUGCUAACGCUAAUUGUAUUUAUUUAAAUGAAGGUGUUUACAGCCUUUAAUUGUUACAGAGACAAAUAAUGGUCUGUGUUUAUUAAUGCUGGGCUAAAAUGUUAUAUUUUGGCAUAUUUGUAUCAUAUCUAAGGGCUUUUGUCUUGGUGUGUAGCAGAGAGGAGGCUAACGGCAGCUGCUGCGUGGGUGUGCAGUCAGACUCCAAACGGUGAAAUAUUGGGUUGGAAAAUUAACUUUAAGCUAGAUUUGAUCUUUUAUAAAUGUACUCAAGUCUUUUCUUGUCUUUGCUGAUGAAAUUGCAUUUACAGACAAUAUUGCAUAUGAUAUAGUUUACAAAAAGCACAAGUGUAUGUUCAAGAAAAGAAGGAAAAGUGAAAGACAGACAAACUGGACUAAUGUCAGUUUUAUCAAAACAACAACAAUAAUAAUAAUAAGAAUGAAAAUAAAACUGAUAAUAAUAAUAAUAAUAAUAAUAAUAAUAAUAAUAAUAAUAAUAAAUGUUAUCCUUUACAUGUCUUAAGUUAAUUUUCCUUUUAUGGUAUUAUUGUGCCCAAAUGUAGGACAGGCACUUGUAGAUUUCACUUUGAUGAAAUAAAAACAGUGAUCCUCAUUAAGUCACUCUUUUAUUGGUCAUGACAAUCCAGUGGAAAGAACAUGUUUUUCCCUACCGUCUCUGUUUACCAAAGCUUGUCAGUCUUAUCAGAUGAUAUAAUAAGAAAUAAAAAGUCACACGAACCACGACUGAAAGAGACACUAUUCCUCUAUCCUUUGAUUUUUUUAUUUAUUUUAUUUUUUUUUGUUUAUUUUUUUCGAACAUAAAAAUUAAACCUGAAAACAAACAAACAAAACCAGUGAGAAUAUUCAGAACAACAGUAACAAUAAUCAAAGCAAAAAAGGAAAAAAAAUAUAUAUAUAUGUACGACUAAUAAUAAUGCAACCCCAACAUGUCCGAAAAGGAGUAGGAUGAAACUUUGUACCUUUUUUUUUUUUUUAAACCUAUCCCUUUCUCCUAUUCCUAAUUAAACAGAACUUUUAAGGGCUGUACAUUGUAUCACAAAUCACAGAUAUAACAAAUCAUUCAGUCCUCAAAGCUUUUAUACAACAUUGAGACUUGGGCUUGUCUUCUGUAAUGAUUCAGAUUGAUGUCUUUCUGGACUUAAAAGGUGGCUUGCCCUCCCUGCUCUCCUCUCUCCACCUGUUGCUGCUUGUGAUUAUGAAACGGCCAAAGAGGCUUUCAGAACAGAUAUUUUAUAAUACAAUUUUUACGUGAAGUUUUUUUUUUUUGCUUUCUCAAAGAUAGUGUAUUAAAGGUGUCAAUGACUUAAAGGGAUAUUCCGGCGUAAAAUUAAUUUGGGGUCAAACACACUGUAACACAAAGUUACAACUCUAGAGAUUACAACAUAAUCUCUAGAGGGGGUGUCUAACUCUGAGUUACAGUGUGUGUGUGACCCUAAAUGAAUUUUACGCCGAAAUAUCCCUAUAAGGGAAAAUAUAUGGCGGAUAAUUUUGUUGUUUAUCCAAAAUUCUUCUUCUGUCUCUCCACAGUAUGCCUGCUGAACGCAAGCGCUCAAUAAACAUGGACGAGAAAGACGUUUGCUCCUUCAGUAACAAGGAUAAAGAAAAAGACAGAGACGGCGACAGGAGACCAGGAUCUGCCCGAGACAAAGUGAAAGACGAGGCCAAAAUGAGCGGCAAGAAAGACGGUGGAAAGGAGGAGAAAAGAAAACGCCUCGAGGAGGAAAAGAAGAAGAAAGAGGAAAAGGAUCGCAAAAAGAAGGAGGAGGAGAAACAGAAAGCAGAAGAGGAGCUGAAGAAGAAAGAGGAGGAGGAGAAGAAACAGCAAGAGGAGCAGGAGAAGAAAAUUCAAGAGGAGGAGGCGAAAAGACAGAGAGAAGAGGAGGCGGCUCUCCUGAAGUAAGUCAUGUUUGACCUUAAAGUCCUCCCCACAGUCUGUCUUUUUAAAUAAUGUGAGAGUCAUUCUGAUCUGUACAGUAGAUAAACAUCCUAAAACCAGCCUCACAAUAGCAGAAAAAUACUUGUAUUGACUGUAAAUAAAGACAAAAACUAUAGUGUUCAAAGUUAAACUAUUGUUUAUUCUGUGCCAAAAAAACUUGUAGAUGUGCAUGUACGGCUUGAAACAUGGUUACUGUCUUUUUCACCACACUCUUUCUUUUGUACCUUCACUGUUUGACCUCACCUCGGCAGAGAAAAAGAGGAGGGGCAUCAGCUGCACCAGGAGGCAUGGGAGCGCCAUCACUGCAGGAAGGAGCUCCGCAGCAAGAACCAGAACGCCCAGGAGGGUCGACCUGAAGAAGCCUUCUUCAGCCGCUUGGACUCCAGCCUGAAGAAGAACACUGCCUUCGUCAAGAAGCUGCGCACACUCACAGAACAGCAGAGAGACUCGCUCUCUAACGACUUCAAUUCUCUGAACCUCAGCAAAUACAUCGGUGAGGCUGUGAGCUCCGUUGUGGAGGCCAAGCUGAAGAUUUCCGACGUGGGCUGUGCUGUCCACCUUUGCUCUCUCUUCCACCAACGCUACACUGAGUUCGCUCCGUUACUCUUACAAGCCUGGAAGAAGCACUUUGAGGCGAGGAAGGAGGACAAGGCGCCCAACGUGAGCAAGCUCCGCACAGACCUGCGCUUCAUCGCGGAGCUCACCAUCGUCGGCCUCUUCACAGACAAAGAGGGACUUUCCCUCAUCUACGAGCAGCUGAAGAACAUCAUCAGCACCGACCGUGAGACGCACACCCACGUGUCAGUGGUCAUCAGCUUCUGUAAGCACUGCGGGGACGACAUCGCAGGUCUAAUCCCUCGUAAGGUGAAGCUGGCUGCUGAGAAGUUCGGCCUGACUUUUCCUCCAAGCGAGAUCAUCAGCGCGGAGAAGCAGCAGCCUUUCCAGAACCUUCUGCGGGAGUACUUCACUUCACUCACCAAACACUUGAAGAAAGACCACAGGGAGCUGCAGAACACAGAGAGACAGAACAGGUGAGAAACCGACCUGCUGUUACUCUUAUGUAGUGCCUUUGAAAGCCUGUAUUUGAUCAAAAACCAUGCAAAGACAACAUAUCAACUGUUGAACUGACAAUUUUAUUGUUUUAUGCAAAAUAAAGGCUCAUUUUAUUUAUAGAGUUGUUAGACCAUAGGAAAGUUUUCUAUCUUAAGUUGACCCAAGCCUCGGAAAGUCACUGGCAUUUCUAGAUCUUGUCCAUUUAUGGUGUCCUCUUUGCAUGGUACAGUUUUAACCUGGACCAUGCAGUGAUUACCACUACAGAGCCAUGUCUGUCUCAAUGCAGUGCUGCCAUCAUGUUUUGGUUUCAGUCUUUGUCUCUUUUGUCCAACGACUUCUCCAGAUUCUCUGAAUCUUUGGUUGCUAAAAUUUACUGGAUAUGAUGAAAUCCACUCAUUCUUUAACAUUUAAACUCAAGAAAUUUCCAGUCAUGUCAUUGUCAAUGUCAGCUUUAUUUAUAUAGCACAUUUAAAAACAGCCAGUGGCCUACCAAAGAACUUUACAGUAAAAUAGCCAAAGACAGUAGAAACAAUAAAAAACUAUAAAAACAAUAAAAGCAUAAAACAUAAAAAACAAUAUAGAUAAACACAGCAAAUAAAUAAAAUACCCAAUAAAAGCAACUAUACUUCCCCAAAAGCUAAAGUGAACAGGUGCGUCUUCAGAAGUGUUUUAAAAGUGGAAAGGCUGUACGCAGUGCGCGCUGUCAAGGGAUAAAGCGUUCCACAAAGUGGGAGCCACGACAGAAAAUGUUUGAUCUUCUCUAGAUUUUAAAAAGGAUCAAGGAACGUCUCAAACCACCUGAUUAGCUGACGUGAGGGCUCUGCAGGGCUGGCGCAGUUUAAGAAGGUCAGAGAGAUAUUUCCGGGCCUUAAAAACAAAUAAAAGAAUCUUAAAAUCGAUCCUGUACCUAACGGGGAGCCAGUGAAGAGAGGAAAGCACAGGAGUUAUGUGCUCCCGUUUCUUGGUCCCAGUUCAGCAUUCUGAUCUAAACUAAUCUAAACGAGAUGUGAUAAAAGCAUGGAUAACUUAGUCAUGUUACUAACCUGUUGUAAAUAAACCUCAUUAGUUGAGAGAUGAUCCUCCAGUUGUUUUUUUUAACAUCACACAAUUUUUCUGUGUGAUCAAAAUUCUUCUAAAUGCCUUGCUUGCAUCAGAUUUAAGAUGAGCAUAUAUUUCAGUGGAAUCAGGAUUGUAAUUUGUUCUAUUAUCUUUAAAUAUUGUGGGUGUCACUGACAUCAAAGAUUUUGUAUGUAUCAGUGCUUUUGUGUAUUAAGUUGUUCUUGGGAUAACUACCCCUGAUCAACAUGAAUCCAUUUAAUCGUUUCAGGAUAAGCUGGAUAGGUCAGAACUCUAAGUCUCUCUUAUUCCUCUUUAGGCGUAUCCUGCACUCCAAAGGGGAGCUGAGUGAGGAUCGACACAAGCAGUAUGAAGAGUUUGCCACCUCCUACCAGAAGCUGCUGGCGAACACUCAGUCUCUGGCUGAUCUGCUGGAUGAGAACAUGCCAGAGCUGCCUCAGGACAAGACUGUGCAAGAGGGUAGGUGACCUCUCUUCUGCAGAAUCACAAUGUUUUGUUCAAUCCAUUUCCUACAUUAAGUUUUCUCCUCUUCUCUUUUCAAGACCACGGCCCUGGUAUUGAUAUUUUCACCCCUGGUAAGCCUGGAGAGUACGACCUGGAGGGAGGCAUCUGGGAAGACGAAGACGCUCGUAACUUCUACGAGAACCUUGUGGACCUGAAGGCCUUCGUCCCGGCUAUCCUCUUCAAGGACAACGAGAAGAGCAGCCAAGGCAAAGACAAGGAUGAUGCUAAAGGUAUGUUUAGAUAAAUCCAGCAAAAGAGGAAGGAAGGAAAUCACGGAAGUUUCUGUUCUGACCUUGUGUCUGUCUAAUUCAGAUGGCAGAGACGGGAAGGACUCAGCCAGCACCACAGAGGAGCUGGAACUGGAGUUGGAGGCUCUGGACAUCACAGAUGAACCCCUGGAGCUGGAGGGGCCGGACGAGGCAGAAAACGAAGAGCUGGCCAAAAAGCUGCUGGAUGAGCAAGGUACAAAGAAAAUAAAUCCAACUCCUUUGCCGUCUUUAGAAAUGCAAUUUGAAUUUGAAAAUGCCCGUUUUUCAUACAUCAAGUCUGUUUAUUUAUUUAUUUAUUUUUUACUCUGAAUCCCAUUGUUAAACUAUGAGUAUUGCCCUGAAACCAAACUAUCCAGCGAUUGUUUGGUCUUUGGUGUGCAAAUUAGAUUUUUUUUUACGGCUUUCUUUUUCGUGCGUUUAGAACAAGAGGAUGAAGAGGCCAACACAGGGUCUCACCUAAAGCUCAUUGUGGACGCCUUCAUCCAGCAGCUCCCAAACUGUGUCAACAGAGACCUCAUAGACAAGGUGAGGAGAACAGAAACAGUUUUAAAUCCACAUCUAAAAUUUUACUUUGUUUCGGGGUCACAUCAAGGUUUGGCGAUUCUCUCUAGAUUAUCCAGGUAAUUUAAAUCAGAGGUGAAAAUUAUUUACACUUGAUAUUUCUAAACAGCUAAUUUUCUUUUCAGGCUGCUAUGGACUUCUGCAUGAACAUGAACACCAAGUCCAACAGGAGGAAGCUCGUCCGGGCCCUCUUUACUGUCCCCCGGCAGAGGUGAAGCUGCAAAAACCUAGAUGUGUGAAAUAUUAAAAGCAGCCUCCAAAGCCUUCAAUGACCACUAGGGGGAGCCAUCAGCAAAGUUUCUGACUGACUCCCUCUCCUCUUCUCCUCCUGCAGGUUGGAUCUGUUGCCCUUUUACUCCCGCCUGGUGGCCACUCUUCACCCCUGCAUGUCUGACGUAGCAGAGGACCUCUGCUCCAUGCUGAAGGGAGACUUCAGGUUUCAUGUAAGUCCACUCAUAUUACCAUUACUGAUUUAUGUUACCUUACAUAUUAAAGAGUGUUUGUGGGUCACUAAUCUAGUCAUUUUUUGUUGUCUCAGAUUCGGAAGAAGGACCAGAUCAACAUCGAGACAAAGAAUAAAACAGUCAGAUUCAUUGGAGAGCUCUCCAAGUUCAAGAUGUUCUCAAAAACUGACACGCUUCACUGUCUCAAGGUGGGUGAGAAACCUGAGAUCUGAGGCUAUGUUGUCUCCGAGUUUUGUUGUGUGUUUUAAAAGAUGAAAAAGGAGAACUUGACUUGUGUUUUUGUGAUGACAGAUGCUGCUGUCAGAUUUCACCCAUCACCACAUUGAGAUGGCCUGCACUCUGCUGGAGACCUGCGGACGCUUCCUCUUCAGAUCCCCCGACUCUCACCUGCGUACCAGCGUCUUACUGGUCAGUAGACACCAAAGAACUGGGAUAAAGCUUUAAAGAAGAAAAACUAAUCAGAGAAAACAGUGAAUUGAAGACUUGUUUAAUCUGCUGUCUUAAUAUAAUCAGCUGAUGUUUUUACCGUCUGUAUUUCAGGAGCAAAUGAUGCGCAAGAAGCAGGCGCAGCAUCUGGAUGCCCGCUACGUCACCAUGGUUGAGAAUGCCUACUACUACUGUAACCCUCCACCUGUAGAGAAGACGGUGAAGAAGAAGAGGCCUCCGCUGCAGGAGUACAUCCGUAAACUGCUCUACAAAGACUUGUCCAAGGUGACCACCGAGAAGGUGCUGAGGCAGAUGAGGAAGUUGCCGUGGCAGGACCCCGAGGUGAAGAGCUACCUCAUCUGCUGCAUGGUCAAUAUCUGGAACGUCAAGUACAACAGCAUCCACUGCGUCGCCAACCUGCUGGCUGGCCUCGUGGCCUACCAGGAGGACGUGGGCAUCCAUGUGGUGGAUGGAGUGCUGGAGGACAUCCGACUGGGCAUGGAGGUAAGAAGUGCUCUCAUAACAGCACUUGUGUAACAUCCUGAAAGACUCUGAGGUUAGUGAGAGGACAGAGAGAUGAGCUAAACCAGCAGUUAAUCUUCUCUGACACGUCUGACAGCCAACUGACUGACAUGUUGUUACUGUCACUAAUGUGGAGAACACUGUAACACACUGCAGGACACGUGAAAACGUCGCCUGGCGUCAUACUGAGCUGAAGCCUUUGCACGACACUCAUAACUCUUCUACAUGAUUGAAUCUGCAAAUCAGACUGUCAACAGUGCUGACAAAGUGUCAUUACGGUUGCUGUAAUGACUUCCCUUCAAUAAACUGAUCCAAAAAAAACAGUCUGACAAUCCAGGACAAAACCAGCAGCUUUAAGGCUGUCAAAGUUUUUAAUACUUUUUAAUAUUAUGUGCUUAAAAACAAACAAAUAUCCUUUAAAUAAAUGUUUGAUUGUGCCAAGAUUGACAAACCCUGUGCAAACAUACAAGGGUGCCAGAUAUGAUUUGUUUGCACGCUUAAUUUGUUGUUUAAGUACAUUGAUUCACAAAGGUAUAAAUUCUCCUCUGGUUUAAGACUCUGAAUGUUAGUGCAAAAUUAAGUUUAUUUUGCUCAACCUAGUAUGAUGCAGCUGUAACUGAAAAAAAAAGAACUUGAACCGUGUAAAAUAUGUCAAAAAAGCUCCACCAGCUACAUUAUACAGAGUCGUUCCCUCCAACUAAAUAAGAUCUUGAACACUAAAAGUGCCCAAAAUCCCAAGGUUGAUUGAAUGUACUCAUAAAAGAACUUUUUCACUGCUAAGUUUCAUGAUCUCUAUGUCAAAAGAAGGUGUCUCAAUGUAUUUUCUUGUAUUUUCGCAGGUAAAUCAGCCAAAGUUCAACCAGCGGAGGAUCAGCAGCGCUAAAUUUCUGGGUGAGCUCUACAACUACCGCAUGGUGGAGUCGGCCGUCAUCUUCCGCACCCUCUUCUCCUUCAUCUCUUUUGGGAUCAAUCAGGACGGCACCGCGAGCCCGCUAGACCCUCCUGAACACCUGUUCCGCAUCCGCCUGGUCUGCACCCUGCUGGACACCUGCGGGCAGUACUUCGACCGCGGGUCCAGCAAGAGGAAGCUCGACUGUUUCCUCAUCUACUUCCAGGCAUGUCAGGAAGUUUGGUGUCUGCCUAAUAACAUGCAUCCCACAGUUCAAAAGGACUUUAGUUUUUAAGUUUUAGUUUGACUUGUUUUGAAGGCGUUAAGUUGGGCACAAUUACGCAUAUCAUAUGGUCAAAUUGAAGCCCACAUCAAUCAACAAUUCUUUGUGGUUUUGCAGAGGUACAUCUGGUGGAAGAAGAGCCUCGAUGUCUGGACCAAAGACCAUCCGUUCCCCAUUGAUAUCGACUACAUGAUCAGUGACACCCUGGAGCUCCUGCGACCCAAGAUGAGGCUCAGCUGCUCCUUGGACGAGGCCACCAAACAGGUCACCGAGCUGGAGAGGGAGGUGCUCGUCAAACUAGGUAGGAGCACCUCUGAGACUGAUGUCUGUAUCCGGCCUGUCAUUUACUGUGAAGGAUGUGAUCGUAGAAACCGGUCUCACAGCUUGAGCCGCUCUCUGUUACCCCAGCUGAGCAGCAUUCCUGGUUGUGUAGGAGGAGGAACGUGCUCAUUGAAAGACACACAUACUCGAUGUGUACAGUCAUCCAAAGAGCCCCAUUAGAAAGUCAAAAGUGUUUUUAAGGAUUAUUACAGAUCAAAAAGAGUGACGUCCACUGCUGAGUUUCUUCAAGAGGCUGACCCAAACAGUCCCCACCAAAAAUGUGCAACAUACUCUCUCUGUGCUGUUCUGAGUAAAUAAUACAUUCAGUGUUUCCUGAAAUGACUUCCAUCAUUAUUAUAUCACAUAAAUUGUUCGUCAGUGCAAAGACAACGAACAUCCCCUGGUUCAGCCUCUCAAAUGUGACAAUUAGCAUAAAUUUUAUUCCGACAAAACUACACCCAAGCACCUCUCCAUACAAAACAAAGCAAAAAAACUCACUGAUCUUCUCAGAAAUUAAAGCUGAAUUGUGUAAAAUCCAACAUAAAAUCUGGAAUUUACCCCAUAAGUAUCUGAGACAGUCUGUUUUUGGAGAUCUGAAGGUUUAACCUGUGUUGCUGUCUGAUGACUUUUGUUGCAUUCAGCAAUGUGCAGUUUGUAUGCAGCCGUGCAGCUCUUUUUAGAACCACCUACUUCCCUUGAAACCUAUUUAGCAGAAAACGUUGAACUACUAUGUUUUGGUUCUUGUUUUACAAGGAAACAAUGAUCUGGGCAGCUGCAAUCACAAACUUUUUAAACUAGGUUGUAAUGAAAACGCCACCCCCUCUGUCGCUGUGCAAACUGGAGAUCUGCAGAUCAGAUAAAAACAGGGAUGUUCCAGACUCAUUUGUUCACACAUAAUGAGUCUCUGUAAACAAUGUUUUCUUAAGAGGUGUAUCUUUCCGGCGUUACACUGACUGCUGACUGUUGGUCUGACACGCAUCUCCAGUGUUUUCAGUUGUUUUUUUCCGAUCAUUGUGUACAUGAUUCAUUUUUGAAAAACAAAGCAUGGACUUUUCCAUUUUUAAUGGGCCCUUCCUGUCAAGACAAGAUCUUAGUGUCCAGCAAGGCUAGAAAAAUGGAUGAACUUUUAUUUGAGAGAACCAUUUCAACCAAGCACUAAUGUGCCUACAAUAGAAGCACAUAUAUGAGCUCUGCUGCUGAGUACAGUAGGAGCUAUCUGGACAAAAGGACAUGAUUGUUGAUCUCACGCUGCUGUCCAACAGCAGAGCAGGAACAUCGGCUUUGUUUUACAGUUUCAAGGUGUUGACUUGGAAUGUGCAGAAAAAUGUAAACAGCUGCUCCACCCACAGAGAGAGAGAGAGAGAGAAACACCAACUUUGAGACUGAGUGUGUCAGUAAAAGAUGGAAGGAAGUGCUCUGCUGUGUUUGUACGUCUGGCUUUUUAUGCAUGUGGUUACAUUUGCGUUUGAGAGAAAGUGAUUGAUAUGAGCGAUGGAGGCUUGUCUCCAGUCAAACAGAGCAGCCAUUGUUGAAGUGAUCAUACUUAGACCAGGAUCAGGCAUUCCUCCAUCCUUGAGUCACAAAGACCGGAUCUUCAGCUUCAGCCACCUGCUUGACUUCAUUUCUUCACCUUAACACAACAGUUACACAAUUAAAGCGUUGUCAUUAGCUGCAGCUAUUGUUGUAAAAGUUUGGAGACAAUAAUGAGGCAAUUAGUCCCUCCUAAGUAUUUACUCUAUUUUUAUUCUGGGUUUGGCUCUGGUGACCUCAUGAUCUGGUCCAUCAUAAUGGUUUUGUUUUUUUUAAGGCCUUGCGAUGGAGAAAGACGGCCGUUCCAGCGCCAUGAGUGAAGGCGAAGGCCUCGACGAAGAAGACGACGACGGAGAUGACGAUGAAGAGGGUGGUGCAGAGACCGAGGAGCAGUCGGGCAACGAGAGCGAAAUGAAUGAACCAGAAGAGGACGUGAGUCAUGUUGUUGACGAUGACCUGUCUUUACAUAACGUCAUCCUGUUUGUCCUCCGUCCACUCGUCACUGACAUGAUUACUAUACAAUCACAAUGACUCGACAGCUGAGUGUUUACCUUAAUCACUGUCCAUCCCUGAUGUUCUGUACAAAGUGGACAAGCCUCUCAAAUCUAUUUAGAGCAUCAGGUGUCACAAUGUGCAUCACAUAUGAUUGAUUGGGAUGAGAUUUUCCCCCUAAUAUAAUGAACUUAAAACUGUUUCUCCUUUAAUUUACGCCACCUGUUGUCAAAGCAGAUCAGAGACAAGCUGGAUAACUUUAUAUUAUUAUUUAAAUGAAGUGGCAGAGUUGAUCAUCCUGAAAUGUUUGUUGAAAUUGUGCUUGCAGUUCAAAAAUUCAGCAGGGUUAAACCCUCAAGCAUAUCUUCAUCCACCUCAAAGCUAAAUCUAAGCUGUGCCAUUUGUCUGGUUUCCCAGGAAGCAUCUGAGAAUGAAGAGGAAGAGAGGGAGGAGGAAGAAGAGGAGAACACCGACUACCUGACCGACUCCAACAAAGAAAAUGAAACCGAUGAAGAAAACAAUGUAAGAUUAAACAUGAUAGAGAGAUGGAAUUAUAAACCUUUAAAUCUGUUUUAAAGAAUCCUCUUAAUGUGUGAUUGUGGCAGCAGCAAGAGUGAGUGAACUGAGCAAAGAGCAGAAAGAUUUCAGUUGAACAGUCUUUGCUUACAUAACGCCAAACCACAUCAGAUGUUAUCCUGACCGUUAAUUUGUACUCAGGAGGUCACUAUCAGGGGUGGGGGACUGAAACACGUUGCCUGUGCUGAGGACGAGGAUUUCAUUCAGGCUCUGGACAAGAUGAUGCUGGAGAACCUGCAGGUAAGCUCACCUUCAGAGGAUGUGAUUCAAGUGUUAGUGAGGUAAAUAAUUUGCCUGUCCGGUAAGUUUCAACCAAACUCAGUUAAGCUUUAUCUGAAGCUAAGUUGUGUAACUUACUUUAAUCAAGGAGAUGUAUGAAAAAGAAAUAGCCUUUAGUUUUAGCGAAGUGUACCAAAUAAAUAAUCUUGGUUACACAAAGUUUAAUCAUCAUCAAGCCUUUUAGGGAACUACACAAGGGUUUCAGUACCAGAAAUAUACAGCCCUCUUACCUCUAGUUCACCCUUUUUUUCCCUCACUUUGAAAACGAUGCUGUGUUUUGUCUCUGCAGCAGCGCAGCGGUGAGACGGUGAAGGUGCACCAGCUGGACGUGGCGAUCCCGCUGCAGCUGAAGAGUCAGCUGAAGAAGGGGGGCUCCGAAAAGACGUGCAUCGGGGAGGCAGACGCCGACAUCUCUGACACCAUGCAGUUUGUCAUGCUGACACGCAAAGGCAACAAACAGCAGGUAACUACACUGAGGAUGUAGACAAGAUCAAACAUUGGUGUGGGAGCAAACAUCUUUUCUUUUAUAAUAUUCGUUGGUAGAAGAGAUAUCCAAAUACAUUUCUUGAAAACAGGAGGCAGUACUUAACAACAAAAAGUCUGGUUCCUGAGCACUAAAACUGCAAAUUUUCCACUUUUUUGGCCUUUAUCUGAGAGCAUUAAGCGCUUUUGUCACAUCACACAUCAGGAACUUUCCUCUUGUAGAUUAGAGACUUCAAUCUCAGGAGAAUGUCAAUUUUUUUGUUCUGGUAGAUUAAAAAAUCUUUUGGCAAAGCAUUUAGAAAUGCAGCUGCUUCUCAGAGAAUAAAAACAGGAACAGGACCAGAGAAGCUGUGGUUUUCUUUUUCAGACUUUUAUAAAGAGCGUACAGACGAGUGAAGAGCUGAGAGCAAACAGACGCGAGAUGUGAUUUGACGCUUUCUCUGUCUCGUACAGAAACCCUCACACGCUCACCUCAGUCUGACUGAGCGCAGGAAAAAUAUUGACUCUGGAGUUGUAGCUGUGCAAGUGUGUGUGUGUGUGUGCGUGUGUGUGUGUGUGUGGAAUGUGUGGUUUGAGGUUUUGAGGGCAGAGUCUGGUUCUUGGAGCAUCGGGUGUGUCCGGCUUUUUCUGCCAGUUUUCUCUGAGGUUUAAUGGAGCCUUCAGUCCACACGGCUUCGCUCUGUUUAAAGGACAGCUGCCAAACACACUCACUCACUCACUCACACUCACUCUCUCUCACACAUACAAGCAACAAAAUAAAUAAAAAAUGAAAUCAGAACAGAGAAUAACUUUGUGGGUUUGUCAGAGAGGCGCGUGUACAGGAAAUGACAUUUCACCCUCUGUAAACACACAGCGUCACCAGGUGAAUGAAAGCAGCCUGUGUGUUUGAAGGCUGUCCCUGCUACGCCUACAUAUAUAAGGCUGACAUACUGCAAAGAUACUUAUAAAUAGUUCGCCUGUCCAUGAGACCUCUAAUAGAUGAUAUGCUCUAUUUCUUCUGAUAAAAAACAUGUUACUCAUCAAGGUCAGCAGAUUUCACUGAAUCAUAUUAUUUCCAUGAAGUCAUUAUUUGGUUGAUUAUCAUCUUUUUAAUACAUGGAGAGUGACUCAGAAAAAAAAUUGGCAAAGAUCAUUUUUGAUUUGACUCAAUAAACUCCUCCUGAAAUCAAGACGAGCUCCUUGAUAGAAGUUUUCAAAAGAGGUGUAAAAAGUGGUCGCUGAGUCUCCUCAUGCAGCUCCUUGAAGAGCCUCGAGGCUUUGGCAGUCAGCGCUCUGUCACCUCUAGUUUUCAGCCAAGCUUUAGGACACAUUUAGAACUCUAACCAAGGAUCCAAGGCUGGUUAAUUUUUCCAUUUACAGCCCAUAUCAGCUCUCAGUAACCCCAAUCAGUUCAACUAAGCAGAUACUUUGAUUUUUUGUGUGGGAGGUAGAGCAUACAGCUGUGCGCUCUACCUCCCUUUUGUUUGUUUGUUUCUUUCUUUUUUUGGCCCAUGACUCUUAUUUUGUCCCUCUAAUGUACAUUUUCGUUUAUGAUCAACAGUAUAAGAUCUUGAACGUGCCGCUGUCAUCUCACCUGGCUGCGAACCACUUCAACCAGCAGCAGGCCGAGCAGGAGGAACGUAUGAGGAUGAAGAAACUCACUCUGGACAUCAAUGAGAGGCAGGAGCAGGAGGACUACCAGGGUACGAAAUUUAUGUGUCCAUUUGUCUUCAUACUAAAGUUCAUGUUUGAAGCUCUCUGCUUCAUAUGGUUUGUGUGAUUCAAAAAAAUAUCUUCCACCAGUUUAUGGUUUGAAUUAAAGUUAUAAUUGACCAACUUUUUGUGUGUUUGUGUCACAGAGAUGAUGCAGUCUCUCGCUCAGCGUCCUGCUCCAGCCAACACCAACCGUGAGCGUCGGCCUCGUUACCAGCACCCGAAAGGCGCUCCCAACGCUGACCUCAUCUUCAAGACCGGAGGAAGGUGAGACAAGAGCCGUGAAGCACUCAAACACACAAAAAGAGCAGAUUGCUUAAGCUCCAGGCAGGUUGUUUUUAUUUCUCUGUGUUGACUCCACUUCAAUCAAUGUCUUUUUUUUAAACAGCCUGAAAAGAGCCAGAAAUGAAAGGCAUGAGAGGAGAGACAGGCAGGAGAGACAGGCCAGGACAGUCAAGCAGGAGAGAAACCAAAGCUCUACCAGCGAGUAGAUACAUAAACAUUUUGAUAAGAUAUGAAGGUGCAGAGAAGUUAGCCAGAGAGUUUUCAUUUACAAUUGCAGUUUUUGACAACUGACUCAGAUUUAAGGUAAUAAGAGCUUAUCAUUUAUGAUUUAUUUUCUGUAUAAAGCAUGUGAAUAAGGAUAACUGAACAUUUAUUCUGUGUUAACAUCAAAGAUACCUUGUGUUUUUUUUCUUGGCUUUAUAUGAUAUACAGUUUAUAUACGGCACAUAUGAGGAACAGGUUUGAUCUCCCAAAGCAUGUUGAGAAAUAAAACCAAAAUACAAUCCAAUCAGCUGCAAGUCCUAGAGUUUCCACACUAGCGACUGGCUGCAGAAGCCAAGAAACCCCUGUCAGGUCCCAUUUCAAGAUAUCCACAAGGAGUAAAGGAAACCGAAGAAACCUGUUGAGCUGGAGCUGAACCCUGCUCUACUGUAAGUAGAGCUUACAGUGAUAGGCUGUACACUCUACCUCCCCCUUCUUCACUACUGUGAUGAGAUAAGAGAGGAGGUAAGGAGAUGUUAGAAAGAGGAGAGGGAAGGCAGGGCCAGGACAAGUCCAACCCAGGAGAGGCAGAGCAUCCAGUGUUAGACUGUACGCUCUACCUCCCCCUACUUCACUACUGUUAUUUAAUAAGAGAGGAGGUAAGGAGAUGUUAGAUAGAGGAGAGGGAAGGCAGGGCCAGGACAAGUCCAACCCAGGAGAGGUAGAGCAUCCAGCGUCAGACUGUACGCUCUACCUCCCCCUACUUCACUACUGUGAUAUAAUAAGAGAGGAGGUAAGGAGAUGUUAGAUAGAGGAGAGGGAAGGCAGGGCCAGGACGAGUCUAACCCAGGAGAGGUAGAGCAUCCAGCGUUAGACUGCACGCUCUACUUCCCCCUACUUCACUACUGUGAUAAGAUAAGAGAGGAGGUAAGGAGACGUUAGAUACAGGAGAGGGAAGGCAGGGCCAGGACAAGUCCAACCCAGGGGAGGUAGAGCAUCCAGUGUUAGACUGUACGCUCUACCUCCCCCUACCUUCCGUGUACAUAAGGAAAAGGGGCAGGAGGUUAAAGGCCAUGUCAUUGUCAAAAACCCCAUCCCUCUUUGGCUGAGGCUACUUUCAGGACUUGGUUGUUACUCAGCUCGUCUGCAGUAAAUGCCUGCUCUGUCCUCCAGGAGACGCUGAUUGGAGUCUGGGCCCAGGCUGAACGAGCGAGCGAGCAAGAGAGCGAAUGAUCGAGCAAAAGAGAGAGAGAGAAAGAAGAUCGGAGGGGAAACCGGUCGAAACAGGGAACGAGUCCUCCAGACGCCAGCUGACGCCGGCACAGACCAAAACCCGCUGACCUGAACACACACUCUUACGAGGUUGAGGGGUCCCAAAUCCAAAGGACACAGUGGAGAGGCUGAACCGGGAGCUGGAGGUCAGAGGUCGGGGUCACACACGAUGGCUCUCUUUCUGUUUUUGUCUGUUGCCUGAGAUGACAGAAAAUACAAACCGUCUGGACCAGAGAACGAACUACAAACACAGAUGACUGAACUCCUGAACGGUCGACUGACGGCGUGACAGACGGGAGGGCAGGAUGAACAGAUCGCCUCCUGCUGGUGAAAACACUGACUCAUAUUUCGGAGUUAAAAACCUGGGAGUGGACAUCAUUUAAACAAGACUAGCAAGGAUUUAUUUUUUUGUUGUUUUUUGGACUUAUGAAAUAAAACUGGGAACAUGUUUGUUUGGCCGUUAAGGCGGCGUUGAGAUUAGGACUGUGGGAAGUGUGGUUAAGUUUCACUUUGUUCAAAGUUCUAAGAAAUAUUUCUGUAAACAAUUAUGUGAUUGAAAACUUGUCUGAUGAUUUGAUAGUCUUGUGCUGGAGGCAUGUGUUUCAUCAAAGUGGUGUGUCAAAUUCACGCUAGCCCAGCAAAAACCACUGACUCUAAAGAGGGGGCUGGUAACUGUGGCAUUUUGAAUCGGAGAUUGCACCAAAGGGAUUGGCGUCCCAACACUUCCUCUUACCAACUAACACACAUUAUAUUGGUUUGAAGCGGACACUCAUAUCUACCAAAAACUGAAUGACUCUUCUAUCAGUGUUUGUAAUGUUUCCUCUGUCUUCAAAGAGAUGCUACCGUGUUCUUUAAACAUGUUGAAGUGUUAGAUGACAACACCAAAAGGAAGUUAAGUCUCAGAUUAGGAGGUCAAUUUGUGUAGGAGUAACUCCAGAAUAUGACUAAGUGGAGGAAUGGAUAAACCAUUGCGAAAUUUGAUGAAAUCAUGACAUCACAGCUCGGUAAAUCUUCUUACAAAGGGGCAAAAUGAACAAAACUUCUACCUGCUCUUUGUUGCUGGGAAUUUUUUGUUCCCUUUCCCAACCUGAUCAGAUUUGGGGUCCAAAUCACAUGGCAAGAUUGAAUAAUUAUGCGUCUCAAAUAGUGAAACACUGGUCAACUUCACGAUGGUGACUUUCUAGCUUAGCAACAGUGGAGGAGACUUCAAGAGAGCUGGCAUAUUGGAAGAAAGUGGCCUUUUAGGGACGGGUCUUACAGAGAUAGAAGCUGAAACAAGGGUUGUAAGCUGUAAAUCAGAGCUGCUAAAGAAAAUGACAAAGUGCAUAUGAUGUUUUGGCUUCACUGUAGGGGGUCGUGUGGUCCAUCUUUUUAUACUGUAAAUGGUAGAGGCAAGAGAGGCUCCAUUUUCUGUAAAACAUCAGGCUCAAUUGAUACAAACGUUAAAAACUAGUUAUCAGCUGAGUGAUAAGUCUGCUGUCAUGUAAAAUGUAAACUGCUAAGCUUGAAAAGUGCAGGUUGGUGUAUUUCUGCACUUUCAGCAGGACUAGGCUAGUUCCAUCUCUAUUUCCACUCUUUUUACUAAGCUAGACCAACCAGCUGCUGGCUGUAGCUUCAGAUUUAGAGGUAUAAAUCCCUCCUCUUAGAGCUCCUACAGAAAACAAGUGGACCAUGAUGAAUAUACUGUACAGUGACACACACCACUUAGUUUGCACAUGUACCUCCAAAAUAAGAGUCUCAUACCAUCAGAUAACUUCCAGUUAAGUGACUUGAUGACUAAGGAACACCUAAGUGUACAUAAGUCAAUGUUUUUCCAACUCCUAUCCUGAUAGAUUUUGUAAUCAGGAGCAUCCAAUCAUUAGUUUUGAGGAUUUUCGGCGUGCUUUGAUUUGGACUUAUGAAGUGUAACAUGAUAAAAGCUUUUGACAAUUAGUUAACCGUGUGCCUGAGAGACUUUAUAUUUGAUUUGAUUUUAGAGUAAACUUAAUCGUCAAGCUUGUUAAAUGGAUAAAUAUAUAACAAAACUAUGUGAUCUGUUGCAUGGGCCUUUUUCUGCACCGCCUUGUGUUGUAGUGAAGUGUCCAGUUGUUGCUCUGUGUCUACAUUCGAAACUGUUGUUCAGAAGGAAAAAUACCAGCUCACAGCAUUGUGUCUCUGCUCAUGACAGGCAAAAAUGAUCACAAUAAAAGCAUAAAAUUUAUCACCAUAAA